UUCAUCAUAUUAAGAUCAAUACUUUCUCCAAAAAGUUCCUUACCCAAAUUUACCCUCAUGUCUGUCAAAAGAUUAAUUUCACAAAAAUUUACCCUCAUGUCAGUCAAAAGAACGCCAGAAAAUGUACUGUUGGAUUAUAGGCUGCUCAGCCGCACAGCCAAAUCCUCCAUCUUCUCCACCGUCUCAUUUGCCGCCAUAUUUUUUAUCAUCUAUGCAGACAGCGUUAUUUCCAACCUUUCCAUGCAAAGAGUUGUCCCGAGCAAUCAUGAAAUUCUUGACCAUGAUCACCAGACUCAAAUUCCUGAAGAGCAAAUCAAAUCAACGUCACAGCUUCCGAAUAUGCAAGCAAAUAUUGAUAACAUUGAAGAUGAAAUUCAUGAUCGUUUGGUUCCUCCGGAAAAUGCCUCACAAGAAGAAAGGCUAGGGUGGUUCCGGCGAAAACUGCCGGAGCUUGAGAUACUACACUCUGACAACUUGACAAAGCAAUUCCACGGUCGAGUGCUCGAGUUCCUUAACACUGGAUGCAGCUCUAAGUUCUAUAUGAUAUGGCUUUCACCGGCAAAGUCAUUUGGGAAAAGAGAGUUCUUGGCCUUGGACACCCUCUUCAAGUCCAACCCUCAAGGCUGCUUGGUGAUCGUAUCGAAAUCCAUGGAUUCCGAAAGAGGGUACAGAAUCCUGAAGCCACUGCUGGACAGAGGAUUCAAAAUACUAGCAAUCACGCCGGACUUGCCCUUUUUGGUCAAGGACACGCCGUCUGAAUCUUGGCUUGAGGAAUUGAAGAGUGGGGGGAAGGACCCAGGUUACAUCCCAUUACCUCAAAACCUAGCAAAUCUUAUUAGGCUUGCAAUGCUGUACAAGUAUGGAGGCAUAUAUUUGGACACUGACUUCGUAAUAUUGAAAGAUUUUUCGGGGCUGAGGAAUGCAGUUGGAGCACAAAGUAUAGAUAAGAACUCCAAACAAUGGACUACACUAAAUAAUGCAGUGAUGAUUUUCGACGUAAACCAUCCGAUUCUCGUGAACUUUUUAGCCGAAUUUGCUAAAACUUUUAAUGGGAACAAAUGGGGUCACAAUGGACCUUACUUGGUUUCGAGGGUAAUUGAGAGAGUUGGAAACACACCAGGUUACAACCUUACAAUCUUGCCUCCCAAGGCAUUUUAUGCGGUGGACUGGGUUCGGAUACACAGGCUUUUCAGGAAGCCUAAGAAACGAUCAGAGUCAAGAGCGGCGAAAAUCAUUCUAAAUGAGCUAAAUGACGGGGAGACUUAUGCCCUGCACUUGUGGAACAAGCGAAGCCGUAAGUUGGUUAUUGAAGAGGGAAGUGUCAUGGCUAGAUUAAUAUCAGAGCAUUGUGUCAUUUGCCAGGACAUAUAUACUUCCUAAAGAAGAUUUAUAUUUUGUAAUAUGGUGAAGGGGAAGCUACUUUUAAGCAUAUCAACUCAUCUGUGGCAAAGCCGCUGCAGAAAUGAAAGAAAGAACAGAAGCUUAUUAUUCCGAACCAAACUGAAUUGGUAUUUUAGGUUUGAAUAAGUCCCAAGGCCAGGAAAGCUGUUAUCUUUUGCCAAAGAUUUGUAAUUUUCGGUCUUUUCCUUCAAGAUGUUCUAUUUCUCCAGUUUCAAAUGUAAAACGAUCGCUGCUUUAUAUUUAUAUGUAGUUGUAGAUGUUCUAUAUUACAAAUACAUCUGUAAUGGUUCCCUCCGUUUCGAAGAGUGUUCAUAAUUUAGAGGAUCUAGCUAAUAUAAGGCCCGGUAUUUCUAUUUCGAAGAGCGUUCAAAAGUCAUAAAUUUUGGAAUAACCAUUGGCAGUUACUGGUUAAGGAAUCAUUACCCUUUUUUUUUUUUUUUUUUUUUUUUUGAACAAACAAUAUUAUUUACACGAAGGGGGAGGGAUGGGCUAGUAAUAAUGUGGUUCAAAUUCACUUUUGGUAAGAAUCGAAUCUAAAACCUCUCACUUACAAAUGAAGAGGAAUACCAUUAGACCGUAGUACUAAGUGACAAAGGAUCAUUACUAUUAGAAGUCAAAACAUAACUAAAAAGCAAUCAUUUACUCAGGAUAUCAAGAGCU